AUGGAUGUAGACAGUGCUGGGUCGAAUAUUGAAGCUACUUUUAGAGGAAACGAUUCUAAUAAAGUUCUCACUGAUAUCAAACCGACAUUCCCUCCAGAUUUAUCGAUAAACGAUCUCAUCAAAAAUAUUAUAAAACCAAACGCACUUAAAAGCGUUAAAAUAAAAUCACCCCCAAACUCUUUUAUCGCGUACAGAAUGGCAUUACAAAAAGAAUAUCUUAAUAAAAACAUCAAAUUACCUCCAAUGAGUCAAUUAUCAAUAAUUGCAAAAAACGGUUGGUAUAAGGAACCACAAGACGUAAAAAAUUUUUACAAUAAUCUAGCUAAGGAAGCUAAAUCUUUGUAUAAUCAAAAAACAUUUAUAAUUAAAUUAGAUAAACAUAUGAAUGUAGUUGAAAAUGACCAAGGAAACGGACAGGUUACACCUUUGCAUGUGACGGGUGAAAUUUUUGCGGCAGAUUUGGGUCGCGACAAUAAUACCCAAACAAAAGCCGUUGUGGAUAUGAUCUAUGCGCAAAGUUUAUCAAGUAAAUUACUUACGAUUGAGGAUUCCGGUGCUAUGUGUCCUCAUUUUGAUAACGGUUCAACUAGCAUUUCUCAAGUUGGAACCUAUCUCAAUCAUAACUUUUUAGAAGAUCCUAACGAUCAAGUGUAUAAGAAAUUGCUGGUGCAAAUUCAUACCAAUUUAUUUAUUCACGACUUACUUACGUAUCAGAAACAAAUGACCAAAAUUUUAUCUGUUUUUAGUCCAGGAUGGGAAAUCAAAUUACCGUUACUGCACGUUCGUUGA